AUUAAUUUUUUGUUUUGUGGUACAGGUGACAGAGGCAUCCAGCUCUGCUGCCAUGGAGCCAGUGGGGUUCAGGAGAGGACUUGAUUAUCUCCUUGAGCAAGGUCUUGAAGUGGAGGUGGUAACCACUGACCGAUCACCAUCUAUACGAAAAAUUAUGCGCGAAGAGUAUCCGGAAAUCCACCAUGAGUUUGACAUCUGGCAUGUUGUCAAGGGGCUCAUGAAAAAAUUGCUGUCAGCAUCCAACAAAAAGGACAACCGAGACCUGCAACCAUGGAUAAAAUCCAUCUGCAAUCACUUGUGGUACGCCUGUUCCACUUGUGGAGGUGACCCUGAUGAUUUGAUAAGGAAGUGGAAAGCACUACUUCAUCACAUCUGUGGUGUGCACCGCUGGGAGGAAGAUGGACAGGAGAUUAAAUGUGUGCAUGCUGACCUUACGUCAGAGGAACAGAGGCGAAAGAGGUGGUUAAGGAGAGACUCUUACGCUUUCAAAGCCCUGACAGCUAUUGCCCUGGACAAAGGACUCAUGAAAGACCUUAGGCAAAUGGCCCUUUUCAAACAUACUGGGAAGCUUGAAGUAUUCCAUGCAUCUAUGCUGAAAUACACAGAGAAGAGACUGCACUUCCACUACUCAACAAUGAAAGCUCGCACCCAGCUUGCCGUUAUGGACCACAAUGAAAAUGUUCAGCGUGAACAGGCCUACACCAACACAGGACAAGCACGGUUCAAUGUGGUUUACCCAAAACAAACAAAAGAAUGGGUCGCCAAAAAGAUCUAUGUUCCAACAACACAAACAUUCCGGCAAAAUCUGGUGGUGCAAGUUGUGCGGAGACGCCUGGACCCCAACAUCAAGAUCAAAGACCCCCAGUCAUAUGUUUCUACCCCUCCCAUACCAGAAAACAUUGCUCAGAAACCAAAACCUGCCAAAGAGGAAGCCAUACAAAAACAUACUUCCCGAUACAGCAGUUAGUCUGAGUGGUGCAGUAUUUUUACUCUUGCCUUUUUAUAUUUGUACUUAUGCAAAUAAAAAGUCUAGCUGGUGGCAUGUAA